AUGUGUGACUGUGUCUAUGUCAUGUUGCUGUUUGUGCUUUUUAUGAGAGCGUUUGGAGCAGAGGAAAACACUACGCUCUGUGAGAUGCUGGGGAGCCCAGAGUUUCCUCUGUUAUCUAAGGAAGGAGAUAUCACUAUUGGAGGAGCUUUUUCCAUCCAUAGCCAAAUCUCAAGACCUCCGCUGUCCUUCAUUGAUACUCCAGAUCAUCUUAUAUGCACCAGGAUCAAUUUCAGAGAAUUUCGUUUUGUCCAAACAAUGAUUUUUGCCAUCGAGGAGAUCAACAAUAGCAGCUCUCUGCUGCCUAAUAUCUCAAUUGGUUAUAAAGUUUUCGACAGCUGCGGUUCAACACUGCCUUCAACACGCGCAAUGAUGGGUCUAUUGGCUGGACAGGAGAGGACUUUGGGAAAAACCUGCUCCAGUCAGUCAUCUGUUCAUGCCAUCAUUGGAGCCUCUGAGUCCUCCUCAACCAUUGUGAUGCUACAAAUUUCUGGGAUUUUCCAAAUACCAGUGAUCAGCCACUUUGCCACUUGUGCUUGUCUGAGUAACAGACAGGCGUACCCCUCCUUCUUCAGAACCAUCCCGAGUGAUUACUAUCAGAGCAGAGCCUUGGCAAAACUGGUAAAGCACUUUGGCUGGACAUGGGUUGGGGCAGUUAGAAGUGACAAUGAUUAUGGUAACAAUGGCCUGGCAACAUUUAUCGCAGCUGCAAGUCAGGAGGGGGUCUGCAUUGAGUACUCAGAGGCCAUCUCGAGGACUGACCCCAGUGAGCAGAUUGCAAGGGUGGUCAGAGUGAUUCAAAGUGGUAGUGCAAAAGUUUUAGUUGCCUUCUUGGCUCAGAGCGAAAUGGAUGUUUUGCUUGAGGAAGCUCUGAAACAGAACUUGACUGGGCUGCAGUGGGUGGGCAGUGAGUCCUGGAUUACAGCAGGUCACCUUGCCACAAAGAGGUACUCGGGAAUCCUAACAGGAUCUCUGGGCUUCACCAUCAGAAAGACAAAGAUCACAGGCCUGCAAGAGUUUCUUUUGCAGGUUAACCCAGGUCAGGACCCUCAGAAUAAUCUGCUGAGAGAGUUCUGGGAAGCAACAUUUGGUUGUAGUUUCAGCAACAGCCUGCAUGGUCAGACCAAGUGCUCUGGCUCUGAGCAGCUACAGGACAUCAGCAAUCCUUUCACAGAUGUGUCAGAGCUAAGGAUAUCUAACAAUGUGUAUAAGGCCGUGUAUGCAGUGGCUCAUGCCGUGCAUAGCAUUUUAAAAUGUGGACAAAGUCAUGAAGCGUUGAAUCAGUCAUGCAUCUGGGAAGAUGAUUUUGAGCCAAAGCAGAUCGUUAAACAUCUUCAAGAUGUAAAUUUCACUCUUGAGUCAGGAGAAAGGGUGUAUUUUGAUGAAAAUGGAGACCCUGCAGCAACUUAUGAACUGGUGAACUGGCAGAGAAAUCAUGCUGGAGAUACUGUGUUUGUGGCUGUAGGGAGCUAUGACGCUUCACUACCAAAUGGAAAGCAGUUCACCAUGAAUGGAAUAAACAUAACAUGGGCUGCUGAAUCCCAAAAGAGGCCACAGUCUGUCUGCAGUGAGAGCUGUCAGCCAGGUUUCCGGCAGGCUGUGAUUAAAGGAAAACCCAUCUGCUGUUUCUCCUGCGUUACCUGUGCUGCUGGAGAGAUCAGCAACUCCAGCAAUUCUGCAGAGUGUUCACGGUGUCCUCUGGAGUACUGGUCAAAUGAAGAUCACAGCCAGUGUGUUCCGAAGGUGAUUGAGUUCCUAAGUUAUGGAGAAACCAUGGGGGCCCUCCUCACUGCUUUAUCAUUGUUUGGAGCAAGUUUAACACUGGUGGUGUCAUGUGUCUUCUUUUGGUUUCGACACACACCUCUUGUCAAAGCCAGUAACUGUGAGCUGAGCUUCCUGCUGCUCUUCUCCUUGACUCUUUGCUUCCUGUGUUCUCUGACCUUCAUCGGCCGGCCCUCUGAGUGGUCCUGCAUGCUGCGGCACACAGCAUUUGGCAUCACCUUUGCCUUGUGCAUGUCUUGCAUCUUGGCUAAAACCAUAGCAGUAGUGAUGGCCUUUAAGGCUAAAAGACCAGCAAACACAGUUCCUCAGUGCUCUCUUCCGCUUCAGAGAACAAGUGUCCUCAGCUGCACCUUACUGCAGAUAUUAGUUUGUGUGCUCUGGUUAACCCUUGCCCCACCAUUCCCCUACAAAAAUACUGCCCAUGCCACUGAAAGGAUUAUUCUAGAGUGUGAUUUAGGUUCACCCAUAGGGUUCUGGGUUGUGCUAGGUUACAUAGGACUCCUGUCUGUGCUAUGCUUUAUCCUUGCUUUUCUGGCUCGAAAGCUGCCUGAUAAUUUCAAUGAAGCCAAGUUCAUCACCUUCAGCAUGUUGAUAUUCUGUGCAGUCUGGGUCACCUUUAUUCCAGCAUAUGUCAGUUCUCCUGGGAAGUUCACUGUAGCUGUAGAGAUAUUUGCAAUUCUGGCUUCUAGCUUUGGGUUGCUUUUCUGUAUAUUUGCUCCGAAAUGCUAUAUUUUACUUUUGAAACCAGAGAAAAAUACUAAAAAACAUAUGAUGGGGAAAAUCCAAUCAAAAUAA